AGACACGAACAAAUGACAUUCUUGUAGAAGGUCGAUAACAUCUUGUGUUACCAAGGUGUAUGGUGGGAUUUGACAUAAGUGCGCAUUUCGCGGAUACGCUUAAAAUUGACCACGUUAAUUGUGUUGUGAUGGAUUUGAUCUACUCCGGAAUAUUUAGAAUGUGAAACAGAAUAAUUUUGUUUUAUCAAUGCGAUAAUAGCAAACAAAUCGCUCGAUGAUGAUCAAACAAAAAGCGCGGUAUUGUUGUGCGUGAUCCAACCUUGUGUGCGUGUGUGUGUCAGUUGUUUUGGACGGAGCGUUUGUUGUGCUUGAAUUGGAAAAGGUAGAACGAUCGAAUUUACGAAACCAUUUCAACAAACCAUCCUCGAAUCGGGAAGGAGGAAAAACGGUCACAUCACGCCGGUUGAUGGUAGUGACUACCGGGAACGUGAAACCAACGGGAAGGGAAUAUUUUCGCAAAUUUGCCAGCAACUACACACGAAGUGUGUGAGGCCAUCAGAAAAAUUUGGGACGUGUACGAGUAACCUUUUGCCCUUUCAUCCGGUAUCCGGGACGACGGAAUGAAGUGUUUACAAAUGCGGCGAUAACACACCCGGUACGGUGGCUAGGCAUAGAGAACUUGAACGAGGUUUCAAAUUUCAUGCAAACUAACCUGAUAGACAUCCCCCGUACGGCACACAAUACAGUUCAGGUGUGUGCACCAUCGUGUUGUGUAUUAAAGCAAUCGAUCGUACCCGUCUAUGUGGGUUUGUUUUUAAUGCAAACAUCAUUUGCAACACACCCACGCGCUCAGUAGAACAGGGCGCACAUUAGCAAAGUACCACCGGAAAGGUGACGAACGCAGUGCCUGAAAAUUCGGAAUCCCGCACCCUUAUCAGAAUGACCGCAACCAGUACAAACGAACCGGCGGCUUUCGAUCACAUCGAAACGAUUAUUAUUGAGGGACAGCCGACCGAUAUUGUGUACCACCGGUUUGCGAAUAAGCUGUUCCUCAUCAUCACCCAACACCAGAAGAUGGCCAACGUGUAUACAGUACGAAGCCACGCGCACAACGACCUGAGUGGAGACGAUAGUGCCACUUCCGGUACACCGACAGACGGUUCGAAUCGAAUCUACACCAUAAAGCACACGUUCGGUGCCAGUUCGGAUGAGGCGGAGGCGGCCAUCCGUUACCUGAUGAACUUCAUGCAGCAGAGCGAAGAGAUAGUCAUUACUCUAGGACUGCGGCAGAUCGAUAAAGCAACGCUGGACCAAAUCGGAGCCCAACUGCGGAAGAUUGUGUUGAAGUAGGGAGUAGAAAGAGUUGCAGGCAUACUGCUCAUUGGUUUACUGUUUCGUUCUUAAGAGUUCCUUAAAUAAAUACGUAUACGUUCACGUGUGGCGCCACUUUGGAGAUAAGCUUUAGGUAAA